ACGUGAAUACGACUCAUUCUAAAUAUAUUAGCAGUAGAUAUCGAAUAAGUAUAUAUUAACCUGGCUCACAUAUUUUACGUUUAAACCGUUACACACUCUUUAUAAACGAAGGAAGACCACACGUGAAAAUAGUCAUCAACCAAAGUAAAAAAGCGCACACAGACACAUUUCACUCACGAAGAGAUGGCGACAUCGGGAACAUAUGUGACGGAGGUUCCAUUGAAAGGAUCGGCGGAGAAACACUACAAGCGGUGGAGGGAUGAGAACCACCUCUUCCCCGAUGCCAUCGGCCACCACAUCCAAGGCGUCACCGUCCACGAUGGCGAAUGGGACUCUCAUGAAGCCAUCAAGAUUUGGAACCACACACAUGUACGUAUAUAUAUAUGUGCAGACGGGAAACAGGAAGUGUUCAAGGAAAGGAAAGAGAUAGACGAUGAGAAUAUGGUGAUUACGUUCAGAGGACUAGAAGGUCACGUCAUGGAGCAGCUUAAAGUGUAUGAUAUCAUAUAUCAGUUCAGCCAAAAGUCGCCCGAUGAUAUCGUAUGCAAGAUCACAAUGAUUUGGGAGAAACGAACCGAUGAUUCGCCCGAGCCCAGCAACUCCAUGAAGUUCCUCAAGAGCGUUAUUGUUGACAUGGACGACCACGUUGUCAAAGCCUAAAUCCAUUUCGAACCAUCGUCAUCACCUAUCAUCAUCAUCAUCAUAUAUGGCUCCUCUGUGUGUACAUCAUUUAAAUUAUGAGUAUGGCAACCUCUCCUUUUGUGCAUGGUUAAUUAAUUAUUAAAAUGUUUGUUUGACGUCCAAAAAAAAAUAAUAAUAAUAAUGAAUCCGUCUAAAUUUAACA